GUUCGACAAUUCGCACGAAGUCUCGUGGAAUAGACAAAGCAAGCGUUAUGGCCAGUACUUAUAGGAUUCAUUUAAUGGUUGUCGAUAACAGUGAAAACGUGUUCUUGUCUGUAUUGUAAAUUAGUGUUAACUGUUAAUAAUAGUUCGAACAAGAAUGUCACUUAGGUAAUACGGAUAACAUUGUGGAACUAGUGAUCGACUCAGAAGGAAGUCUACUGGCGAAGUUAUAACGGCGCUCAAGAAACAACUGACCGGCGAAGUUACGAUCAUUUGAAAUCGAUAGUUUGCGCUGAGGAGGCUGAACCCCGGACUUGAUGAUUAUCAUAUAUUAGAGUUUCGACAUUUAGUCGAUAGCUGAUAAUGGCAAACAAAGGAGAUGGUGACCGUCGUAAGAAGGAUUCUGUUUGGACGAUCAGCCACGGCAACCGGGAGGAAUAUGCUUGUCCCUACGGAGAUGCUAUUAACUUAGCGGGUAAUGGCUGGUACAGCGCCACUCUGCUGGCAACCCUCAGCUCGACGACCUUCGCGAUGGUUCUGGAAAUGUUCGGCCUCUCCGUGGUGGUGUCGGGCGCCACUUGCGACUUCGACCUGGGUCUCGCGGAAACCAGCAUCCUUCUCUCCAUGCCGUUUGUGGGUCCUAUCGUGAUGGCGUUCCCCUGGGGAUACAUCUCAGACACAUACGGACGCAGGAGAAGCUUGCGCAUUGCUCUAUGGGUGAGCUUCGCGGUGUCUGCCAUCAGCUCAUUCUCACCUCACUGGAUCCUCUUGGCCGUCUUGAAGUUCAUCAGCACGAGUUUUUGCAGCUGCGCUCAGUCCGCGGCGUACACCAUGCUGGGUGAAUGCACUACGGAGAACAGCCGCGACGCCUACAUCCUCGUCAUGACCAGCGUGUUAGACUUCAGUCUAACUCUCUACGUCACAUUUGCUUAUUUCAUCGUGAACCUGGAUUUCGUCUACCAUCUGGGCUUCAUUACCUUCACACCCUGGCGUCUGCUGAACUUGGUGUUGUCGAUUCCUUUGGGCUUGGGAGCGUUGGGCACGUAUUUCUACUACGAAAGCCCCAAGUUCCUGGUAAAUGUUGGAAGAAGUGACGAAGCUUUGGAUAUUUUGAAGAAUAUUUGGAGACGUAAUGGGGGACGUGGAAAGUAUCCGGUAAGCAAAGUGUACCUGAAAGAGGAAGGAAACUUGAAAUCACAGGAUUUAUCGUUCCUGCGUUCGCUGUGGGAUCAAAUAAUUCCCCUAUUUAAACCUCCCCUCCUUUACCGAAGUUUGCAGCUUUACUUCUUGACUGCUGUGGUGUUUAGCAUUAAUAACAGCUACUACAUCUGGUUUCCGUUUCUGGCGGAAAAAUUCGCUUCUGGUUUCUCGUCAACAGACGGGAACUCAACUGUGGAACAGGUCAACGGCCUGUGCAGCAUUAUCGUCAGCGAGCAUCAGGCUGCCGUCAGUGGUGCAACCUGCUCAAGUACCGUGGAUCUGAGCUUGGUCUGGUCCAGCCUCGCACAAGGAGCCAGCUUCGUGGUUAUUCUCCUGCUGAUCACUAAGAUAGCAUAUCGCAAGAAAUUAUUGAUGAUUAUCAUUCUCUCGAUAUCUGGCUUCUCGACCCUGGGCGCGGUGGUCAUCAAUGACAGCAUCACCAGUUUUAUCAUGUACUUCGGGCUGCUAUUCAAUGAAUUGUGUACAGGAUUCAUUUUCUCGUAUUUUGUGGAUCUUUACCCGACUUCGUAUAGAGGCACAGCGGCGUGCGUGGGUGUGAUGGUGGCUCGGGCUGGUGCCCUUGGCGGCGUGAACAUCCUCGGUGCCUUCUUGAUGUCCCACUGCACUGCCACCUUCUAUGGCACCUUCGCGUUAAUGCUUAGUACCGUUGCCGUGUCCUUCUUGUUGCCUCCAGACAAAUCGCUUAAUAAAACUGUUAGUACUUAAA